CGGCCGGCCGCACGGCGGCCGCCUCCGUUGUGGCCGCGUGCCGCCUGGCCCCCUCCUGCCAGGUGCUGGCCGUGCUUGGCUCGGGCGUACAGGCGCGUUCGCAUGCCCAGGCGUUCGUGGCUGCCGAUUGCGGCGUAGAAGAGGUACGAAUUUCUGCUCGAAACGCCGUAGCGGCCACUCAGCUGACUUCAUCUCUGGCUGAUGAGUUCCCUGGCGUCCGGUUUGUGUACUACGAGUCUGCCCGGCUGUGUGUAGAUGGUGCGGACGUCAUCAACACCACCACGGCUUCCCCCGAUCCCAUUCUCAUGGACAACUGGGUCGGCAAGGAUGGCGUCCAUAUCAACGUGGUUGGGGGCCGCGUGCCCCACAAGACGGAGCUGGAGCCGGCCCUUCUGCGACGCGCCACUGUCUACACCGACAGCCGGGAGGGGGCCGCCCGUGAGAUGGGCCCGAUAAAUGUCGACAUCUAUGGGGAAGUUGGCGAAGUUUUAAAUGAAACACUUCCCGUGAAGAGCGGCGGCGUUACUGCGUUCCUGUCGUUCGGCAUGGCCGUGGAGGACGUGGUGGCGGCCCGGUUGGUGUGGGACAGCUACUGCGCUUCCCAGUCACCGUGCUAAGUCAGCACAGUCGUCUGCGAACCUGCACUGUCGCCCCCAACCCGGGGCUGCGCUUGGCGGAGCCGGCACCGCGACGCCGGUGCCCGCAGCACGGCCACCGCGCGGGCCUUAGAGUGGGGCGUAGUCGGAUCAUUUAUCGCGACGUCGACCGUUAGGUGGAGUCUUGUUUGUGCUGGAACUUACCCGAUUUUUAUAGACAUUGGGAUGUAUGCUACCAUAGUGGGGUCUAGUCAACUUCUGUAUAUCAUAUACUUACAGCGUGAUGCGCGCGCCAGGAUUCCUGGUAUUGGGGUCAGUAUUGGUGGCUGAUGCGGUUCGCCAUGACCUGUUCACGUACCUGUUCACACGUCAUCGCCGCGUGACGUAGCUGGGUCAGCCCCCGCACGGCAGCCAGCGGAGCCACCGGUCAUGUCGGGUUUCUCCUGCGCGCCAGUCCGUCCUGGGACGGCAGCUGCAGACAAGCUGUGGUGCGCUGGAUACAGGGUAUGAAACACCAGUGGCACGUGUGUAGCUGCCAGCGAUGGAGCAGCGCGGCUGAUCGUGGCUAGCCGUGUCCAGUUUGGAUCGUGUCGCUUCGCUAGCAAGAGCGUCAAAGACGCCAUUGUCUUUGGUACAAAUGCCAGCGCUGUUCUGAGAUGUUGCUUGGCGACACAGUGGUGGCCUUUGAUGCUGUCGGCGCGGUGCUCGGUGAACUGCAUUGGCAGCUCGUGUUUUCGAGCAAGGUAAAGGCACGGGUGCCCACUGCCACGUUAUGACAGCUACAUGUGUGGGCUUAGGAUGGGGGAAUUUUGUACAAAUCGCGUUUUCGGCGC